UGAAGAGAGAGAGAGAGAAGAGAGAGAGAGAGAGAGAGAGAGAGAUAUUCCAUUUUCAUCUGGAAUUCGGAAUAAAAUCCCUCAAUGCUGCAAAACCCAUCUCCCCAAUCUACAUUCUCAUGGCCACCCUCUGUAAUUUCCGGAGUUUCCCCUCUCUCUCCUCCAAUAAACUCUCAUUUUCGUCCAAUUUUCCAUCACCACCAAACUCGCGUUUUAUCCACUACCAGAAAUGCCGUUGCACUACAGUUUUCGCUUCUUCAUUCAAGAAAUCCCCCAGAGCUAGUAGGAAGGUGAAGAGCGAUGCGGAUCUUCGAAACGAUAUUUACGAAUUCUUAUCCACUGUUGGACUUCCCCAAACUCAUGUGCCCACAAUGAAAGAGCUUUCAGAUAACGGAAGGCAAGAUCUUGCGAAUAUAGUCAGGCGUAGAGGGUAUAAAUUCAUCGGACAGCUACUUACAACCUCAUCUGCACGAGACAAUAUUGGUUCAGAUAUAGACACAGGUCAGUAUGAGAAAGUGAAAGCGUUGUCUGUUGAUGUAUUAUCAAAUGAUGUUUGCGUAGAAACGGGAGAAGAGCUCGAGCCGAAAGAUCAAAUUUCUGUUUCUGCAGAGUUGAAUACUUUGUCCUUGAAAGAAAAGGCGGCUAAAUUUGUUCAGCAUGGGGAAUUAGAUGCAAUUGACGAUAUUGGAUUUGGAAAUACCGAUGAAUCUGCAUUGAGUACUCAAACGAUCAACGGCAAUGUCUCUUCACCAGUCGAUCCAGGGAACAGUUAUAUCUCGGCUGAAGAUUUAAUUGACGAGAAACAGAGAAUCGAGGAUCAAGCUGAAGUUAAGCGUCUCAAAUUCUUGCUGCAUCAGAAGGAAUCAGAACUAACCCGAUUGAAGCAACAGAUUGAAAGGGAAAAGCUUGCUUUAUCUCUUCUGCAAUCUAAAGCUGAAACGGAGAUAAGCAAAGCACAUAAACUCAUUUCCGAGAAAGAGACCGAGUUAAAUGCUGCCGAAGAAACCCUAUCUGGAUUAAAAGAGAAUCCAAGACGAAAGCAUUUCCUGACUGAAGUGAAGUAG